AUGGUGUCUUUACACUUGGAGGGGUAUGUGGGCAGGGAGCGGCAAUGGGGUGCCUCAGGGGUGCCCAUGUCCCCACCACUGCCAGGAGACUUGAACCAGCACCGUGGCUCCAACCAGGCAGGAAAGGAUACCGUGCUGCCUGAGCCCUGCUCAGGAGGAAUUAGGAGCUGCAAGGUCUGGCAGGCCACAGCUGCGAGCUCUGCCCCCAUCUUCAUGCCUAUACACAACUCGUCACCCAUGCACACCUUCCUCCACACCUUUGCACGUAGGGCUGCGGGGCCGGCAGGGGCUGCGGGGGAGGAGUUUGCAUGGCAAUAUCUUGCACAGGGAAUCUCUCUGGAAAGCUCCAGCACAAAGGAGCUGUACAGCGGCCAAGAGAGCACGCAGACCACGGUCCCCAAGCCGGCUGCCAACUGGAAGCCAGAAUCCUCAUCAAGAAUAGGGCUCGAGACAGUCCCCUGCGCAGCCCUCGCAGAGGAACAGCCGGACGGGAUGGGGGACGCUGCACGGUGCCCACGUAGCCAGAUUGCACAGGUGCUCACAGCAUCUCUGCUUCCCAGAACCACCAGCCCCAUGGCUCUGCCACAGCUCUCACCCGAGGGCACCGGGGCGCAGGGACGUGACAGCCACCUGCACAUGGACACUGGAGCUGCUGGCCCCAGCGAAGCCACCUGAUGCCAGCCCGGCUGCUGUGGGAACAAGGCUGAAGAGAUGGUGGUGGCAGUGCCUGAGGACAUGGGACUGCCUUCACAUGGUUCUUCCAGGUGCUGGGGUCCUCUUCUUCCUGCAAGCACUCUGGCACCGAUGAGGCUGUCCCCUCCUUGGAGUCCAUUUCUCAUCCUCAUGGUGCCAGGGCUGCACAUUGCAGGGCAUACUCAGGCUCUGUGUGCCUUACCAGCACGGUGACAGCAGCAGAUCCCCACCAAGCAUUUCAUCUGGAGGGCUGCAUUGCGCUGACCCAUCCCCUGACACCUUCCCAUAUCCCAUAACCCAGUGGCAAAGCCCAAAAAGGUCUCCUGCUCUCCAAAGCCAUGCUGCCUUGCGCGGGGACUAACCAUGCCCAGCUGUGCAUGCGUGUGCUCUGCUCCUCUCCAGCACUAACCAGGUCCCCCAGGCACCGUGUGCCCCUUGUGAUCACUAACCCACUAACACACCCUCGCAUGCCCUACUAACAGCCCUGCUCUAACAGCCCACAGGCCUUAAAGGGGAACGGAAAAGCUGGGUAAGUACGGGGCUGUGCGGGGCAGUAUGGGGCUGGAGAAGCCAGGCAGCAUGUGGGGCAGGCAGGACAGGAUGGGCAGCUCCUCUGUAUGCCCCCUGCAUGGGGCUGGUCUCUGCAGCAGUGGGGCUGCGAUGCCAAGAGUGCUGCAUAUGGUUCUGCUGCUGACUGGGAGCCCAAAAUGGUUUUAUCAGCAGAAGCUUUUCAGUUCCUUUUUAAGCCAGUGGAUCUCUCUGUUACUAACACAUUCCUGAACUGAAUUAAACAAACUAAUGGUUGCUACUUUUCUCUUCA